AAAAGCAAACUCUCUCUCUCUCUCUCUAUCUAAAAAUAGCAGCCACAUUCUUCUGGCCAGCCGAGGGAUCCAAUAAAAGCAGAUAAACAAAAGGGAAAAAGAACUUCCCUGCUACCUUUACUUUUCCUCUGCAGCAAAAAGAAAGAAAGAAGAAGAAGGUCUGUUUGUUCUUCUGGAAACCUUUGGGAUGUUUCUUUCCCCAUUCUCCUCCUCUUUCUUUCUUCCACCCCUUUCGUUUUGAUGAACAGUGAAGAAACUCUGCUCCGUUGGAGGAAGGAGAGAAACAGUGCAAGUUCAGUUCAGUAGAAACAGGGGAGGUAGGGGAACAGAGUAUAGAUAGAGGGAGAUGGGAGGGGUCACUUCAUCGAUGGCGGCAAAAUUGGCCUUCUUUCCGCCGAACCCACCAUCGUACAAGCUGGUGGCAGACGAAAUGACGGGUCUGCUGCUGCUGAGCACUUUCCCACAUCGGGAAAACGUGGAAAUCCUGAAGCUGCCGACGAGAAAGGGGACGGAGGUAGUGGGGAUGUACAUAAGACAUCCCAUGGCUACUUCCACUCUACUUUACUCCCAUGGGAACGCCGCCGAUCUGGGGCAGAUGUAUGAGCUCUUCGUCGAGUUGAGCAUCCACUUGCGGGUCAAUCUCAUGGGGUAUGACUACUCUGGAUAUGGACAAUCAUCUGGAAAGCCAAGUGAACAACACACGUAUGCAGACAUUGAAGCAGUCUACAAGUGUCUGGAAGAAGGCUAUGGUGCAAAGCAAGAAGACAUCAUCCUUUAUGGGCAGUCUGUUGGCAGCGGGCCUACACUAGAUCUAGCUGCCCGACUGCCUCAUCUAAGGGCAGUUGUCCUGCACAGUCCCAUACUUUCAGGGCUGAGGGUCAUGUACCCAGUUAAGAAAUCUUACUGGUUUGACAUUUACAAGAAUAUCGACAAGAUUCAAUUGGUUGAUUGUCCUGUUCUUGUGAUCCAUGGAACUGCAGACGAAGUAGUAGAUUGCUCCCAUGGCAAGCAACUUUGGGAACUAAGCAAAGAGAAGUAUGAACCACUGUGGCUCAAAGGAGGUAACCACUGUGACUUGGAGCACCAUCCAGAGUACAUCAGGCACCUCAAGAAGUUUGUGUUGACCGUGGAGAAACCGCCUUCUCAAAGGUACACCGGUUCAAGGAGAAGGAGCACGGACCAGCAGCUGCUUCCUCCUCGAAAGAGCACUGAUAUUGUGUUUGAGGCCUCGAGGAAGAGUACUGACAGAAGGGAGAAGCCUAGACACAGCACUGACAAGGCACUGCCCCCUACUGAUGUCAACAAGCUGCUGCUGAAGAGCAACAGCAACAACCUCAGCGAGAAGCUGGAGAAGCUGAAGAACCAAUCAAACUAUGCGGAGAAGCUGAGGGUUUCAUUUGAUCAGGUAGAGAGGUCGAGGAGGAGCGUCGACUGCUGCCUUGAGAAGUCGAGGAAGAGCGUCGACCACCAGUUGGAGAGAGGGAGGAAGAGUGUGGACAGAAUACGGACUGGUUGACUUUUGUAGAGCUUGUGGUCAAUUUGGUUUUUGUUAUUUGUGGGGGUUAUUGUGCUUUUGAGUGUGGUUUUUUUUGUGCUUCCUUCUAUGGUUGUGUAGCUGGGAUGUCUUUGUCUCUAUGUAUAAUAUAAGAGCAUGAAAUGAGAAAGGUGGGGAAGUUUAGUAUUGGCACAUUGCACAUGUUUUGACUCGAUCUCAAUCAGUCUUUAUCUUUAUUGCCAAGUAAUAAACGUUAAACAAGGAUAAUCUUGAAAUCCAACCAUGAAUGUCAUCUAUGAUUUCUGUGGAUUCAGA